GAAAUUCAAACAGGAUAACCUAGUCAGGUUAUAUUUAUGCCUGCUUCUGUAUAUACGUUCGUUUUCGUAGCUGUUAAGGGGCGCCCUCGAAUUUCUCAAAAUGUUGGAAGGACUCGUGGCCUGGGUGUUGAAUAAUUAUCUCGGGAAAUAUGUCGAGAAUCUGAAUACAGAUCAAUUGAGCAUAGCUCUAUUGUCAGGGGAAGUUGAGUUGGAGAAUCUUCCUUUAAAGAAAGAUGCGUUACGUCACAUUGGAUUACCGAUUGAAAUAAAAGCUGGAUUCAUUGGGAAAGUCAGGGUGCAAGUGCCUGUUCGUCAAAUAAGAACAGCAUCCUGGGUUAUAGUAAUAGAACAGUUGUAUUUAGUGGCUGGACCAAUAAGUCUGAGCGAGUUCGAUAAUGAAGUGGAGGAACAAGCAAUUUUAGAAUAUAAAUUGAGUCGUUUAGACUCUUUAGAAGCGAGGUGGAGGACGGACACAGAUCGGGAUCCUGGUUAUUAUGCCACUAGUUAUAGUUCUUGGGUGAAUUAUGGCACCUCCUUAGUAACAAAUAUCAUUGAAAAUUUGCAAUUCAAUAUCAAAGAUGUCCACAUAAGAUACGAAGAUGGAGUGACAUUAUCAGAUGGUAGUGGUAUUGCUCUUGGCAUAACUAUAGGAUCGUUGAAUGCACAAAGUUGCGAUGCUAGUUGGAUACCCGGAUCCACUUCGUGGAACCUUACGGACGCGUCCUUCAAGCUCAUGGAGCUCGAUAGGCUGUCUGUCUACUGGAAUCACCUGAAAACAGACGAGUUUUUUGGGUGUCUCAAUCUCGGUGAUUUAGCUAUCGCCAUGAGCGAGCCAAAGAACACAAUCAAGAAGCACAUUCUGUCGCCUGUGAACGCAAGAGCGUCUAUCAAAAGGGACAGAUCCGAACGACCAUUGAGAUCCGCGAAUAAACCAAGAAUCGUAGUAGAUCUUCAGCUGGACGAUGUCCCGUUAUGCAUUACAGACGUGAGUUGUCGAAACUGAGUAUCAACUAUCGUGUUAUUACAACAAAGACGUUGUCGUCCAGCAGUCAAUGUCUCUACUGCGCCCAGGGAAUGGUGGAAGUACGCAGCAAGGUGUCAUAUUGGUAGGGAAACUCUGAAACCGAAACCAACAUGGGAGGACAUGCUCCGAAGGGGCAAGGAGAAUAUCUCGUACGUCGAGAGCUACACAAAGUUGCUAGGAACGCCAACCAGUAUUUUACCUUUGGACGUGAAGCAGUUAAAGGAGAAGGUAGAACAGGAACGAAGUUUUGACGAGCUUCGGGUGUUGAGAGAGAUAGCGAUGUACAGAGUCAAACCGCCGAAACCAGUUCAGAAUUCAAACCAGAACGUACCACAACCGCGUGGGAUGCUUGAACAAUGGUUCCCACAGUGGUGGGGAUGGUACUCGAAGGUGCCCAAUACAAACACCCAAAGCACAUCGUCCACCUUCGACGGGGAACUUCUGGACGUUCUGGCGGACACGGUGGACGACGACACGUUGCUCCGUCGCGACACAGUGUUCGGACAGUUCAAUUUCACGUUGUCGAAGGGCACCGUGUCCUUCUGCACAACAAAGGCCGACAACGAGCUCACGAAGACCGUCGUAGAGCUGCAAUUCGAACGGGUGAAUCUGAGCUACGAGUCGAGGCCUAGGUCCGGGUCGCACAAGUUCACCAUAAGUCUGGGAGCAUUGUAUUUGCACGAUUACCUAACGGAGAAUUCGAGUUUUCCGAUUCUGGUGCAGCCCCAAGUACUGCCGACCAUCACUGCCCGUGCCCGUAGCUCUUCGGAGAAGCUGACAAGUCAAUUGCCGCAACAUCUCUUCGAGCUGACCUACGAGAAACAGCCUCUACACGUGACUGCCGAUCAUUCCCUGCACGUGAACAGCAGAUCGUUGGACGUGGUGUACAAUCCAGCUGUGAUAUACUGGCUGAUCGAUUUCAUGUGCGAGCCUCACAGAUCGUCCUCCAAUCAGAGGCUACAGGCGAUGAAACGUCGAACCCGUAGACAGCUAAUGAAGAACUGGGAGCAAAUAUUGGACGGUGAUUUUGUCUACCGUUCAUCGUGGGACCUGCAGCUCAACAUAUCCGCGCCUCAGAUUUUACUGGUAGAAAAUUUCACGGAUCCGAACGCUACAGUUGUUGUUGUUGAUUUUGGCAAGCUUCAUUUAUCCAAUACCGUGCAAACCAACGAGGUGGUUAUAAAGCCAGGCUCAGGCACAAAUAGUGACGACGAAGACGAACGAUUCGAGACACCUUGCUCGACACCUCCAGGCAGCCAAGAGAACGGUUCCGUUCAGGACUUUCAGUCUAUAUCGGAAACAGCGUUGCAUCAAAAGUUAUACGAUCAUUACACCAUCAAUCUGGUUGACCUGCAGAUUCUAGUCGGUAAAGUGAAGGAUAACUGGAAGCACGGCAGGACCAGAGGCAUGUCCAGUUUACACGUGCUGGAGCGUUUCAAUAUAUCGUUGCAGAUCGAAAGACGCGUCUUCAACACUUCAGACCCUCAUCUUCCGUCCGUGACGGUAUCUGGGAAUUUACCAAGACUAGUUGUCCACGUGAACGAACAAAAAGUAGAGGCGAUCAGGUUGAUGUACAAUUUACUUUCAAGCUUCUCCAGAUCCACAGGAAUUUCCCAGACGGACGUGGUCGCCGUGGAGCCGGAAAGUCCGAAGAAAGAAGAGACCACGGACAAGUCCAUGAGCCAUGUGAUGAUGGUGCAGUUUAUUAUCGACCAGGUCACGUUUGAGCUGCAAUCCAGAGGACGCAGCGUGGCGGAAUUGCAAGUAUCCGGCGUCAGAGCCGCCUUCAGUAAACGGACAACCGACGUCAGCGUUUCAUUGUCCGUUCAUGGUCUGCUUCUUGUCGACGCACUUCAAGAAUUCGGCCCAGAUUUUGAAUUACUAGUAGCCAGUCAUAAACACGUAGGGAUGGACAGUAUUUCUGGAAGCCUGAGGGACUCUGAACCGACGUCCCCUGUCUCCCCAGUAUCCCCUGGAUCCCCUGAUCCAGCGAUACCAAGAAGAUUAACCUCCCCAGUAGCUCUGACCAACGCUUUGUCGACCUUGGCCAGCAGAUCCAAGAAUCCACAGUCACCCAGAAACAAUUCGUUCAUCGAAUUGGACAGGAUGGAUUCGGAGGCGUUGAUCGUUAUCGAGUUAACGUUGGUGUAUGACACCUUAGAGCCUCUGAGGUUCGCCAAUAUACAGUUCAAUAACCUAGACAUCAUCGCCAAUCAGGAGACCAUAGUAGAGAUUAUGGGUUUCUUCAGGAGGAUAUUCCCGUCUCGAAAAAUGCGGCCAGGAAGCAUAGAGCGACAGGAAUCUCUUUCUAGUCAAACGGUGGAGUCCAAGGACACGACCAGAACCGAGAUAACGUUCGAUUUUCAUCGAUUGAAUGUUCUGCUUCUUAGGGCGGUGAUGCAUGAUAAUCACCUGGUGGGCCAGAAAAUCGCCACUGCGACCAUGUGCGAUGCCCGUAUACAGGCGACUUUGGCGGUGAAAACCUCGAUCUCUGGAUCCUUAGGAGGUCUGCAGGUGUUCGAUCAGACGUUGACUGGCAAAACGCAUCAAAGGAUUGUCAGUGUUGGGAGGGAUCCAAUCGCGGAUCCACCGAAACAACCACUGGAGCAUUUCGCCCAUUUAUCGAAUCAGUCUGAGGCGUUGAGAUUCUCUGCGUAUCGAUGCACCAAGCAGAACGCACAACAGCAAGAUGGAACAGAGACCCAGAUCGAUUUGACAAUACGUAUAGGAAGCGUGUGGUAUACCCAUGCCCCACAUUUGCUGUCCGAGCUCCGCUCCUGCGCUGAUGAAUUCAAACAGUAUUUAAAGAACCUUGCCCGCCAGAUCAGCGCAGCGGCCACAGACAUGGCCAUCGGUCUGGUGAACGCUGAGGACUGGUCGAUACCGCAACGUAGACGUCUGCCAAGUCUCUCAAUGGACCUGGAGACAUCAGGGAGUCUGUCUCUGAAUCUGGACAUCCUUCUGGACAGUCCUGUGUUAGUGAUACCCAGAUCGUCCCACAGUCGCCAGGUGUUUGUCGCUCACCUGGGCACCAUGUCCCUGCAGCACGAACCAAACUUGGGUUCUAUGGCGAAGCACAAGCUAACUUUGGAAGUUAGGGACAUGAAUCUAUAUUCUCUGGAGAUAUCGUCGAAUGUCAGUCAGGUACAAAACAAUCUGCCUUUAAGGGCCGAACAAAUGUACUCUUGCAAAGAGUCUGGUAAGCCAAUGCUGCACAAUACGGUGAUAAAGAUUGUGGUUGAGAUAGAGAACACGUUGGCGCAGAGUCCUGGCUUCUUUCUGGACAAUGAGUUCUCCAAUAAUCCGGUUGUUCAAGUCCAGGGGGUCGUAAUGACCCCGCUGAAAGUGUCCCUAUCACGGGGACAGUAUGAACAAUUAUUGGACACGAUGAACCGUAUGUUCUCGAUGCCGGUAACCGUGCCAGUUGUCCAGAAAUCGCAAGCCAUAAACAAGGUACCCAAUUAUUCGGAUAAGCUGGACGUUUUUAUUAAGGUGUUAUUCGAGCUGCCAACACUCAGUGUGGAAUUGAAGCAAGGCUUUCUGGAGCAGCCUUUGGUUGAACUGUCCAUGAGGGAUUUCGUGGUGAAGUAUGAGAAGCUCCAUAAAAAUGGGUCCAUUGUUCAAGUUGCUCUACGCUCUUUGCUCAUGGAGGAUCUUCUGUGUCCAGUUGGCUCGCGUCAUCGUUGCAUGAUGCAGUCCUCGGCACCAACACGUGCCAAGCUUCCUGCUGGUGUCUCAAAGUCUUGUCCGGAUUUCGCGUUCGUCCAGCAGUUCAGAAGCGAAUUUGGAAGAGCCAGUCUGCCCGACAGAUUGGAGACUGACACUUUGUAUGGUACAAUUCCUGCUCACUGGCGUAGGAAACCAGUGUCCCUGGCAGACACUCCGAAUACACCACCUCCAUCACCUGGAGCUUCCACCAGCGAAGAGAAUUUGAUACUGAUGAGUAUCACCAUCGCAGAUCCGCAUCCUGAUCAGUUAAGGGAGGAGCAAUUUCAACAGAAGACUGUGACUGUGGACUUCAAUUGUCUGGACCUUAUAAUAAGCGUGGAGUCUUGGAUGGUGGUCUUCGACUUCUUCGGAUUCGCUGGACCAUCCAGAACCAACCCCAAACUAACCAUGCACCACACCUCCAUCGAUGUGGACCAGUUGGACAAGUCUGACAGCCUGCCACUUCGAUCAGAAAUUGAGAUUGAGGUUAGGUCGUUGACGUUAGUGUUGAUACAGUCUGAAAAGGAAAUUGCUAAAGCCAAUGUAUCCGAUGCCACUAUGCAUAUUUUAAAGGUGAAUGGGAAGACUAAGGUGUCAGGUUCGUUGGGAUCCAUGUCCUUGCUGGAUCUUACGCCACAUGGUAGGUUUUACAGAGAGAGGUUUCUGUCCUCCGGUAGGAAAGCUCUGAACUUUCAGUAUUCCAGUUAUGUGGACUCUGAGAAACGACCAUACGAUGCUCAAUUGAAACUAGAAAUGUCUGCAGUUCAUUAUGUGCACACUCAGCGAUUCGUGGCGGAGCUUCAGGCGUUCUUUGUUCAUUUUUCUCAGCUUUGGACCAUCAUGGCGAAUUUAAGAGCUGGCAUCGGGGCUAUUAUAGACACCAAUAAACGAAGCAUGCGGUUGUCGUUGGAACUUCAUGCAGGAGCACCUGUGAUACUAUUGCCAGUUAGUUCCAGGUCCGACGAACUGAUACUAUUGAAUCUGGGAGAGCUCACUGCUCACAAUGAGUUUACCACUUCGGAUGUUAUAAACAAGUGCAUGUUGGACGUGAUGUAUCUCGAGCUGGUUCACAUGGAUGUCUACGCUGCCAGAAGAAUACACUGCGACGAACAGAACGAGGACGUGGACACAUUAGUUGUCGGUGGGUUUCUUGUCAAGAAACUUGGAUCAUCGUUGCUGACUGAGAUGUGCCACCUGAAGCUACGCAUUGAAAGGAAUCUGGAUACCUACAUCAGCAGAGAUAUACCAGACCUAAGUAUACAUGGUACCUUGUCAACGAUGGACUGUGCUUUGGACCCUGCCCAGUACAUGCUGAUUCGAGGUCUACUGUCCUAUAACAUUGGGGAGAAUCUGGACGACCUGCGACAAUUCAUGCAAGACUUGGACCAGACAGUCGAGUACACCACGAACAACGUGGACAAUCGAGAGAAGAUCUGGAAGAAGACGUGCAUAACCCUUGAAUUGUUGAACGUCACUGUGAAGUUACACCCCAAUCACAAUAUUGCAGCGUUAGCCUGUAUCAAUUUCAUAAAGUCCAGACUGACGUUGGACUCUUUGAGUGAUGGAUCGCAGGAUAUAGAUCUGGUCUCCCAGGAGAUACUGAUCACAGACACACGGUUCCAGGAUGAACCUGCCAGUAGACAAUCGAACGUCUUCACAAGUAUUCUACAACCUUUAAGAAAUUCCAAGAAUGAGAGUCGAGUGCAGGCUGAAGUGCAUCACAGAAGACGCAAGGCCACCGCUGCAACGACCAUUCUGGUGCACAGUAUGCGACUGACCGCCAUAUUGGACUGGUGGGAAGCUGUCAGGGACUUUCUGGUGUUGAAUUCCCCAGAACCUGAGCCUAUUCUUGGGAUAGCCCAGGUGACCGCAGAGUCUAGCCAAGAGAACGAGAGCAGUGCUUCAAGCACAAUACCGCUUGAAUUGAAGAUCAAUAUUACCGAUUCUGAAUUGGUGAUUGUGGAGGACACAUCAGUCUCUGACACCAAUGCUGUAAUCCUAAAGAGUACUGCUGUCCUGUCUUACAGAUCUGUGCCUCUGGAUGGAGAGAAGCCACUUUCCUGCAAUUUGUCCCAUUGCGAACUGUUCUCCUGUAUUCUUGGACUGGAGGAAGAAACCGCCCUGUCUAUCAUUGAUCCUGUUGGAGCCAGCCUGGACCUAACACAGGAGAAGUGUCUGGAAAUACAGCUUCAGCCAUUAUGCGUGAGAUUGAGCUAUCAUGAUAUAACAAUGUUCUCCAGGAUGCUUAGCUCCCUCCCGAAACAGACACUGGUGGCAAAACAACGCUCCAAUGAAGUCCUGACCACCACGGAGAGGCAGGUGCAGAAGCUGACAGCUCUAGGGUUUACAGAGCCUGAUUGUAGAGCAGCGUUGAACCUUUGUAAUGGUCAGUUGGAUGAUGCAGCUCUGUGGUUGACACAGAAUGCAGUGCCCAAUUCAGAUCUGAACAUCAAGAAUGAAUUCAUUUUCCACACCGUGGAGGUACAAACGUCUUGUGCGAGGAUAUGCAUCAUAGAUGAUUGUAGAGACGCUGAUGUGCCGCUGUUGGAGAUCACGUUGCUGGAUUUCAGCUUGAGACAGAAUUGCACGGGACCAGGUCUGAUGUCCUCCACGUUCAGUAUAGAUUAUUAUAACCGAGUUCUGAGUGGUUGGGAGCCAUUUGUCGAACCGUGGCGUGCCACCGUUCAAUGGGAACAGACAUUGACCAACUCACUGAAUCUGAAGAGGCUUCUAAUGUCCAUAGACUCACAGGACUCUGUCAACGUGAACAUAACUUCAACGUUCAUAGAGCUGAUUGAGCUGGUCAAGAACAACUGGAUGCAGGACUUCUACUUGACUUCAUUGAAGGAUAUUAAUGUGAAUAAACCAGUUGGGAAUGGACAAGCGUAUCGUCGUCGACAGCCGUUCAUACCGUUCGCAUUGAAGAACGAGACUGGCUGUAAACUGUGGUUCAAGACCAUCAUUGCGACCGCGGACGACACCAAGGACGUGGGUCAGAAUUUCAAAGCGAAGAACGUGUUUCAGAAGGACGACACGUGGAUCGAAGUCAUUCCAGGCGAUACUGUCCCGUUCACUUUCGAAGGAAGAGGGAAAUUAAGGCACAACACUACCCAUACUGUCCGGAGACAUCAGAUCACAGUACUUGUCGAUGGAUGGAAGCCUGUGGACCCUGUCACUGUUGAUCGUGUCGGGAUAUACUUCAGACAUGCUUAUGAAAACAGUAAUAAUACACAGGUAAUUGGUGCAUCAUCCUUUCAGAUGUUAGUGCCCAAAGCUAGAAUAGUAUUCGCCGUUGAACUAGAAGGAUCAGCCCGGAAACUAGUGACUGUCCGAUCAGCUCUACAGAUAUCCAACAAAUUAAGACACACGGUGGAGAUCAAAAUGGAGAAAUCUCUAAAUCAGUUCGAUUAUCUACCCCUUACUUUGUCAGUUAGCGACAGAAUUCUGCAAGUACCUGCACAAUCCACGUUAUCGGUACCAUUGACCCAUACCGGCCUAAAAAUGUGUCUGAAACCGAUAAAUAUGAAUUAUCUGUUCCAAUAUUGCGUGGAAACAAUCGACUGGACAACAGUAAAGAAACCGUUAGAAGUUAUAGAGAAUCGCAUCACGUGUCGAGCCAAUCAUAAUAAUAUAUUUAGGAUGUGCGUAGCAGUGAUGCGUGAUAAUUAUCCGCCAGAUGGGGGAUAUAUGCUGCCAUCCCACACGAUAAGUGUGAUGGCUCCUAUCAUUUUGACCAAUUUAUUACCGCACGAGUUGUUGUUCGAGAUUGGCGCGGAAAACGGUCGAAUUCUACCUGGUGGCAACGCAGACAUACACACGGUGAACAUGGAAGAGCAGCUCGAAGUUACAGUGCAGAUGGAUGGUUACCCUGGAUCAGGAACGAUGAUAUUGCCACCGAAUAAUGGUAAUUCGUUCACUGCUCGCCUCAGGCUAACGGACUCCAGCGGAAGAAUAUUAUUCCUACACGCAGCUGUCAAUAUAGAAAAAGGUUCUGCCAUACAGAUUAACAUUACAGCGCCUUAUUGGAUUAUAAACAAAACAGGCUUGCCGCUGGUGUUCCGUCAAGAGGGCGUUGGUAUCGAAGCAGCUGGACAGUUCGAAGAACACGAGAGAGCUAGAAUGGUGGCUCCACUGUUGUUCUCUUUCAGUGACGAGGAAGCAAGCAGAACGUUGUCGGUGCGAGUCGGUACCUCGGUGCAUCCGCAGGGGAUACCACAGUGGUCCCAACACUUCCAUCUGCAACCUGGCAUACAAGUGCACAGACUUCGAAUAUCAUUGCGGGAUGGUCGACCGGAUAUAGUGUAUUUGAUCAGCGUGGCCACUCGAACAGCAAGAGGAAAGUACAGAGCCACUACGGUGGUUACGUUGUCCCCUAGAUAUCAGUUGCACAAUAAGUCAACGUACACUCUGGAACUGGCACAGAAAUGCUUCACCACGACAGUCAGCCAUCCGGAUGCUCAGGCAACAUACAUCAGGACUAUGCCCGACUGCCACAUGCCUUUUCAUUGGCCACGUCUCGACAAAGAUUUGCUGCUGUGCGUCCGCAUUAUAGACGUGAAAGAUUGCAUGUGGUCGGGCGGUAUCCGUCUGGACGACAAUUAUUCCUUGACAAUUAAUAUCAGAGACGCUACCGGAAGGAUGCAUUUCCUUCGAGUGGACGUGGUGCUGCAGGAGAGCACGUAUUUCAUAGUGUUCACCGAUGCUGACACUAUGCCACCGCCUAUAAGAGUGGAUAACUUCUCAGAGGUUCCUUUGGUAGUCAAUCAGGUUACGGUGCACGACAAUUUACAAUGGACCGUACGACCCCAUUCGUCUGUGCCUUACGCCUUGGAUGAGCCGAUAGAGUCUGCUGCCUUGGUUUUAACCGCGCCUGGAGGUGUCACAGCCACCUACGAUUUGAAUAUACUCGGAGAGGGUAGAGGAUUGACCUACGAGAACUUUAUCUACAUCGCUUUCACUGGAACCUUUAAGAACUACUGCGAUCUGGGGACAGGAGAAUGUGGUUUAGAUCCAUUGGACGUCGAAACUCAGAGACUGGUUCUAGAAGCUGGUCCUGGAGGUUGGGUAGUUUUGAGGAGGAAACAAUAUGGCGCCAGAUCACAGUUGUGGAGGAUGACUGGCGAUGGUCAGUUGCAGCAUGAAGGCUCCAGUCCACCCAGAGAUAAGCACUCGAAAACUCCUGAGACUGUGCUGGUUCUGGAUAUAGCAGGCACAGCGCCUCAGCCGUUCACUUAUUGUGCACUGGCGUUGAGGAAACCUGAUCCUAGAAGGAGAUCAACUCAAACCUGGCGAUUCACCGAUGACGGGAGGUUGUGCUGUGUGCACAAAAACAUGUGUGUCCAGUCGAAAGACGGUUUCAUGGGAUUACACGAAGGCGGCUGUGUCGCCCGUUGGCAAAUGUGGAGCGAGGCAGUGUUGGGCCCUCAAACGCACAGCAGUCCUCCACCUGUCGAGCAGCGUGUCGGAAGACAAAAAUUGCGUCCAGGCUCUGGUUUCUUGUCCAUUCGAGUAACGACUGACGGACCGACACGUGUGUUACAAGUACUGGACAUCAAAGAAAGGAAAAAGACAUUCGCCUUGCUGGAAGAACGUGACUGGUCUCACAUCGCGGUCAGUCACCGUCCAACUCAGAUAAACACGAAUGCGGAGAGUUUGAAUUCCAGAGAGUUAGAGCUGAAGGUUAACCUAACAGCUGGAAUAGGAUUGUCGAUCGUUUCUCGAAAACCUGUCGAGGAGUUGUUGUUCGCCAGGUUGGCUGCCAUCUCGUUGGAGCUUGUACAGACCCCUGCGAAUACCACUGUGGACUUGAGCAUAGAGGACAUACAAAUUGACAAUCAAUUAUUCGAAGCACAAUGCACCUCCGUCUUAUACGCGACACGACCGACACGUGCAGAAAGUGAACACAGACCAGCGAUUCACGUGGUGGCUGAGAAGCUGAAGUCGAAGAAUCAGAACGCUGAGAUCUAUAAACACGUGAUCGUGAGCAUAAAACCGCUCUGUAUUCAUUUAGAGGAGAGGCUGAUCUUGAAACUGGCCGCCUUCGUUGGCGCUGGAAGAUCCGAGUUAGAGGUGCCGAUCGAUGAGAACGACUUCAAAGCUCAACGAUUCAUCUCCGAGGUGUCUGCGGCGCACGCGAAACGAUACUAUUUCGGGGCAUUGAAAAUUGUCCCGAGUCAAAUGAAACUGAGCGUGCUUACCACCACAAAGCUACCGCGGCAUCUCCAAGCGAUAAAGAGGCAGUUGGGCUUGACUCUGAUCAAAUUUGAGGACGCCACCAUUGAAUUGGAGCCGUUCAUCAAGAAACAUCCGUUUGAAAGUACUCAGUUUUUGGUUCAUUCUAUUAUAAAACAUUACAAAGACGACUUGAAGUGGCAGGCCGCGGUGAUAUUGGGAUCCGUGGACUUCCUGGGCAAUCCCCUUGGAUUCGUCAACGACGUCACCGAAGGUGUUUCUGGUUUGAUUUACGAAGGGAGCGUGAAGACGCUGGUAAAGAAUGUGACCCAUGGAAUUUCGAACUCGGCGGCCAAGGUAACCGAGUCCUUGUCCGAUGGACUAGGACGAGUCAUAAUGGACGAAAGGCACGAGGAAGCUAGACAGAGGAUUCGAGCGAACACCGCGGGCAGCAGUGAUCAUUUGGUGGCCGGAUUAAAGGGUUUCGGGUUUGGUUUAUUGGGUGGCGUUACUAGCAUAUUCAAGCAGACGUACGACGGAGCUGCAAACGAAGGAUUUCCAGGCUUCUUCGCUGGUUUUGGCAAAGGAGUCGUUGGGACGAUCACGAAACCGGUUGUGGGAGUUCUGGAUCUUGCCACGGAGACCGCCACUGCUGUACGAGAAACGAGUAGAAGUGCCCAUCGUACAAUCCCUAAAAGGGACAGGCCUCCUCGUGUUGCAAGUGGGCCAGGUGGUUUGCUACCCCCUUACAAUCGUCAACAGGCAGAGGGCCAAGAAUUCCUUUACAUGAUAAGCGAUCAUGACCACUCAGAAUUAUGUGUAUCCUACGAGUGUCUGCGUAGCGGAACGGAGAACUUGAGGGUGCUGGUAUCCAACGAGAGAGUCCGUGUUAUUUCCGGUGGUACCAAAGGGGUAGUGACCGAAGUCAGUUUGACGGAUUUGUUGUAUUGCCAGCCAACGCAGAAAGUGGAGAGUAACGGCACAACGUUGCACUAUAUAGAGUUAAUAUCCAGGUCAGAUUCAGCGGUGGUUGUUACCAUGGACGGGCCUGAACUCUUGAGGAGGCCUAAGGUUCGCUGUGAUAACGAGGACGUGGCCAAACGAGUAUCGCAACAGAUUAACUACGCCAAGGGAAUGCACGAGGAACGCAGUUUGACCCUAACCUCGUCGGACAACAUGCUUGACGACGUUCAGUACUACAAAUAG